AUGUCCUUCCUUAUGUCCUGCAGCCACCAUGAAUACAAUCUGCGGAGCAUGAACAACCUCAUGGGCGACAGGGAAAAAAACAGAGCCGCGGAGCGGAGUCUUAUCGGGGCUCCACCUGACUUCAGUAAUCGCUCAUCGGCGGACGGCGUUUCUAUCACCGCUGCGGAUUUACUGGAUGAAGAUGCCUCCACACCAUCAUUCGUGUACGUCCUGGCUUUCUUCUCGGCCUUGGGAGGAUUCCUCUUCGGGUAUGACACCGGGGUGCUCUCCGGGGCCAUGUUGCUCCUGAAGAGGCAGAUGAAUUUAAGUGCUCUGUGGCAGGAACUGCUGGUCUCCAGCACAGUGGGGGCCGCCGCGCUGUCCGCGCUCACCGGCGGAUCACUGAAUGGGGCUUUAGGGCGCAGGAUCUGCAUGCUGAUAGCCAGUUUCAUCUUCACCGUCGGCGGGGUCCUUCUUAGUGUGGCCCCCGACAAGGUUGCUCUCCUGGCGGGCAGAAUAACAGUCGGUUUGGGUAUAGGCCUUGCCUCCAUGACAGUUCCUGUCUACAUAGCAGAGGUCUCACCCCCCCAUAUGAGAGGUCAGCUGGUCACCAUAAACAACCUCUUCAUCACCGGAGGCCAGUUUGUUGCGAGUCUGGUGGAUGGAGCUUUCAGCUACUUGCAUCGGGAUGGCUGGAGAUACAUGUUGGGUCUCUCCAUUGUCCCCGCCAUGCUUCAAUUUGUGGGUUUCCUCUUCUUACCGGAGAGUCCACGCUGGCUGCUUCAGAAGGGCCGCAGCCAAGAGGCCCGCUGCGUGCUCAGUCAGAUCCGAGGGCAACAGAGCAUAGAGAGCAUAGACGAAGAGUAUGACACCAUCAAAACCAGCAUCGAGGAGGAGGAGAAAGGGGCUGAAGGAGGAGGCCUUGUCAUCUGGCGCAUCCUGAGCCACACCCCGACACGCAGAGCCCUCACCGUGGGCUGCGGCCUUCAGAUGUUUCAGCAGCUUUCUGGAAUCAACACAGUCAUGUACUACAGUGCCACCAUUCUGCAGAUGGCAGGUGUGCGGGAUGACAAACAGGCCAUCUGGUUAGCAGCUGCAACAGCAGCUACAAAUUUCCUUUUCACCCUGGUGGGGGUAUGGCUCGUGGAGAGGAUUGGCCGCAGAAAACUCACGCUGGGCAGCAUUUUAGGUACUGCUCUGAGUCUGACUCUGUUGGCUGUCGGGUUCCUGCUAUCAGCCCAGAAUUCGCCUCCCGUCACUCUCCACCCAGCCGACCAUCUGAACUCCACAUGUGCGCUAUACAGGUCCUGUGAUCCCUGCAUGCUAGAUCCCAACUGCGGAUUUUGCUACCGUGACAAUAGCACUGGAGCGUAUGACUCUUCCUGCAUACCUGUCAAUCAAGUGUCCAAGGAUCAUGCAGCUUGGGGCAGGUGUUCCAACCAGACUGACUUGAGUGAUGGCCCAUUCUGGGCCUACAACUACUGUCCCACCUCCUACUCUUGGAUUGUCCUGCUUGGCCUCAUCCUCUACCUUGCAGCCUUUGCCCCAGGUAUGGGUCCGAUGCCUUGGACAGUGAACUCUGAGAUCUACCCUAUGUGGGCCCGAAGCACAGGAAACGCCUUCUCAGCUGGAGUUAACUGGACCUUCAACGUCCUGGUGUCCCUGACCUUCUUGCACAUCACUGAAUAUCUUGGUUAUUAUGGGGCAUUCUUCCUGUACGCGGGCCUGGCGGGGCUUGGCCUGCUCUUCAUGUUUGGCUGCCUCCCAGAGACCCGGGGCCUGCAGCUGGAGGAGAUCGAGAACCUGUUUGCCGGUCAGCUCUGCUUCUGUGGAGCCUACUCGCAUGACGGCAAUCGUGAUGUCCAGUACACACGGGUAAAAGGCAACAACUACCACCUCUCUGACAACGAGGCCUCAGAUGUGGAUUAGGAUCGAGGGAUACCGUCGUUUUUA